GUAGAAUACAGCGCAGGAUAGUAUAUGCUGAUGGUUCUGCCUUUGGAGACAGAAACAACACUUACUCAGCUUCGACGAAUGAAAAGUAGUUCGGAUAAGUGUGACCAACGACUUAACGAAUUCUGUUUUAACCCUUCGUAGGCGAUUACAUAUUGAUCGUGCUGGCAACUGACCAUGGCAUCAGAGCAAACAUACCCUAAUACAUCUUUAAUGGGUUUCAACAGCAGUUUGUCAGCUGAUGGUGCGGACAACUCUAGUGCUCAAGAACUGGAAAGCCACGCGGAAUACUGGGCCGCCGCAUGGCUCAACAGAACAACGCCAUGGAUAGCCUUACUGGUAGCUGUUUUGGGCAACGGAGCUGUGAUUAUCACCGUGAGAAAAAUGAAAACAUUUACAUCUCUGGUUUUGUUUGUGACAUACCUGGGCGUCACAGACACCUUAUGCAUAAUAUUCAAUUUUCUCUACACUCAGCUGACCCGCUAUAAAGUUCCUCUCGGUAACGGUGGAUGUAAAGCACUACACUUUCUCAUGAACUUUACGACACCUGUGGCCAACUGGACGGUUGUUCUCAUGACCCUGGAACGUUUCGUGACCGUCUUCUUUCCUUUCAAAAUAUCCCGAGUUUUCAGCCUGAAGAAAUCUGUCCUAGCCCUUUUAAUAACGGCUUUCGUUUUACUGAUUCACGCCUCGUUCGCUCUGUGGCUCUAUAUCGAGGUUAUAGACGACGGUUAUAUCUACUGUGGAGAAGAACCGUCCCUUCAGGAUGUCUCCAGGAUAAUAACUUGGGUUGAUUUGCUCUUGUUGUCUCUACUCCCUUGCUUGAUCCUUAUUUUUCUGAAUAGCGGCAUCAUUGUGAAACUAAACAAAUCAGCCAAAGUGCGUCGAGAGGCCAUGAAUACUCACCUUUUGAGGGGUGACACUGCCAAUUCAUCUAGACCCCCAGUGUCACAGCAGUACAUUAAUUUGUCUGUUAUGCUGGUAACGGUAUCUGUAGCCUUUGUCAUUCUUCAACUGCCUAUAACCAUUUUCUAUCUUGUGGACCGACACCAAGCUCGGCCUACAGAAGCGAGAGAGCUAGCAAUUUACUACUUGGUGCGCGAAGUUGUCCAUACUUUAAAUGAGUUCAAUCAUGCUUUUAACUUUUUCUUUUACUUUUUGAGUGGCCGAAAAUUUCGUCGUAAGUGUUUGGAAGUGUUUGGGUGUGAAAAAUGCCUAAAGCGUAUAGGUGUUAAAGGAAAAAACACAAAUGACAGUAUUUUAUCUCGAGGACAAUCUGGUCUUGAUACCCAAAUGUCCAAGUUAAGUUCUGAAGUGUCCAAGGAAGACCAAGUACACAGAAACAUAAAUUAAAUCGCUGGAGCCUUUAUCAUUCAUUACAUAACUGUGUGUUUAACAAGAACAUUGCGCAAAAGUGUAUUUUCAUAUUUUGUAUUGUAUAAUACAAAACGCGUAGACACUCCGAGCAAACCCAGCAACCAACCUGCUUGUGUAGCUUUUAAUGACAUGCGAAGAAGUGACACUUAAAGAUUUCUUCGUUUUGGGGAGUACCCAUGCUAUCGCCUUUUGCAUUAUACUAAGCUUAUUGCUUGAUCAACAGUGUUAUUUAUUGUUCUAUUAAUAAAAUUAUCACCACAAUCUCUAAAGAAUAGAUGUAACGGGAAAGGCAUACGUGUGUAAUAUCCAAUGUGUCAAAUUCAGUACGUAAUCUACAACACUGUAUGUAUAACACUAAAAGGUCCAUACGCAGUAACUUGCUAUAAAAGCAAGAAAAAGCAGAAAGUAUUUAUUGACGGUUUUAUUGUGACUAGUCAUUUAUGCAGUGAUGAUAUUAAAAUUGAUCCAUGUUUGUAAAGCUUAUACCCACGGUAUAAGCGGAAUUAGAUACAUAUACGUACAUAGUAUAUCCCCAUAGAUCUUCCAUGCUAUGAUUAUAAGCAGUAAUUAAUGGUUUUUUGGUAUUGGAUCAAGCAGGAUUUGUGUUCCAGAUAAACUUUAAUAGCAUCUAAGGAGAAAGAACUAUUUCAGAUAGCUCUUCAAAAAAAUGUGAAAUUUUCAGUUGAAUGUUGAAUGUAACUUUACUCCUGUUUUACAAUAUCGUGAACAUACACAUAUUCAAAGAAAUUGUUACAA